AUGGGCAUUUUCCAUCAGGAUUUUGAAGGCUUCCGCGACGUCAUUCUUCGCCUUGCCUUCUCAGAUGGCACACUGGCCUCUAAAGCUGUACUGCAAUCGCUUCUCACGGUGUCAGCUAUCCAACGCUAUGGGCCAUCGCUACAGGUAGAUGACUUGAAGUUGUCGGCUCUCCGUGCUUUGAAGAGCUCAAGCGAGCAUGGUAUCGAUGGCUUAGCGGGUGUUCAGCAAGUUGCAGCCCAGAUGCUGCUGUGUUCUUUUGAGGUGAACUGCGCGGCGGUGACGUGGCCAUGGUAUAUCUGUGGCGCAAAUCACAUCCUCACAGUCGGCAAACUGGUCGAAUCCUCAAACGGAAGGGAGCUACAUGAAAUAAUUGAUUGGGUAGCCUACCAGCACGUCAUGUGUCGGUUUGGUCUGCAACAUUGGCGCAAUGGAGACGACUACUGGAAACUACCUGCAAGGAAGCGUCUUGGGAUGCCGACAGUCUGCACUGACCUUACAGCACUUUAUGGAGCGAAAAGCCCCCAUGAGAUUGUCGCAAUUCUCUCUGAGGUGGUUGAGAGUAUUCAAGACCCUUCAGCAUCAUCUUAUCACUCCGCCAGCCAUACAGAAUCCCUCAAGCUGCUUGAAAAUAGACUUGAAACACUACAAUCAUCGUCUUCUACUGGGACGGGUUCCGUUGAUAUACCCGCGGAUUUGGUUGAGCUGUAUAAACUAGCAGCGCUUAUCUACCUAGAACGAGCGUCUACGCGAUCCUCUGGUCCAUCGGUAAAGAUCCAGAAAUGGUUUCAGAAAGCUUAUGGCAUUCUAGAAAAGCAAGAAAUCUACCACUGCCCAUUGCCUCUAUUGGUUUUUGGAAUGGAAUCUCGCAACGAUGAGCAACGAAGGCUAUUUUUGAAACUUGUACGCCAGGCCGCCGUCAGGUCGGUCUCAGUAGCAAUGGAGAAUGUGCACCGCAUGCUUCAGUCCGUAUGGCUACAAGACGACUUGGAAACCGAGAGAGUUCUGGACUAUCGGUUGAAACUGAGGGCUGUCUUUAGUUCAAGUGAGAUACUUCCAUCAUUAGCCUAA